GUAGGUGGUAGCACCGUCGCAAACUUGCAAACGGACAAACCGACAAAGGGUCCAUGCACAAUUGCACAUUGUCCAAAUAGAUAGCCAUGAAGAGGGAUUUUGAUUUUAUUUUGUUCUAAUUGGCAAUUGCGGUGUAUUCUUCGGCCUGCGAAGAGAAUAUGACUUUUCAACCUCCAGUUACCCGUCAAGAUCAAAGUCGUAAAGUACUUGAGGAAGUCCAGCUGCAAAAAAAAAUUUUGUUGAAACAGGGUGCUGCAGUUACCCUGAAUCCCACACCAGUCUCUACUGCUAUACCUAGUACAUCUGAUUCACUGAAUCCAGCAAUACGCCAUGCCUUGACCCAGGCACAGACUUCCUCCUUUGGAUAUUUUGUGGCUCAAGAUUCAUCGUUUGGAAACUUCAUCUUGCCAGUAAUUCCCAGGCUUGAAUCAUCGAAGUAGAAUGGUGAAGCUAAUGAAAAGAAAAGAGCUGGAGCAGCAUCUGCAAGAACUUGAUGGGUUUUCAAAACCAAAGAUUCUUCUUGAACAGUAUGAAACAAGAGCCCAUAUUGCUGCUUGUAUGCUGCACACCAUUGAAAGUGCCUAUGGAGACUUGUGCCAAAAAACUGUUCUAGAUCUAGGGUGUGGGUGCAGUGUCUUGGGAGUUGGAUCAGUGUUAUUAGGAGCAUCCUAUGUUUUAGGGGUGGAUAUUGAUGAAGAAGCAUUGCAAAUCUCAAAUUCAAACAUAAAUCAGUUUGAGUUAAAUGAAGUUGAUUUGCUACAUGCAGAUGUGAAAAUUUUACCUCUGCUUUUGGGAGGCAACACAAAAUUUGAUACUGUUGUCAUGAAUCCUCCUUUUGGAACAAAGCACAACAAGGGAUUAGAUUCAUUGUUUUUAGAGAUUGGACUUCAGUGCUUGAGUGACAAAGGAGUAUUGUAUUCCUUACACAAGUCCUCGACACGCGACUAUUUUCAUCGGAAAGCGCCUAGUUGGAAAGUGGAGGCCCGCGUCUUGGCAGAACUGCGCUACGAUUUACCAGCAACGUAUAAAUUCCACAACAAGACGUCUGUUGACAUUGAAGUGGACUUUUGGAGGUUUGAAAAGAAAAAUUAAGUGUAUUCCAGCUCACACAAAAAAAAACACAAUAAUAAUAAAUGACGGCAAUCACAUGCGA